AUGAAAGAUCCACAUGAAGGUUAUGAACCCAUCUUCGACUCAUCGUCGGAAACUAUUGCAGAGGCCAGGGAGGGAAGGGCACAUGGAGUCGCAGAGAUCGAGGCGUUAGCAACUGUCUGGUCGAAGAAGGCUCUCCAUAUCGGAUACGCGUUAGUGUUCUUGAUAUUCUUCACCAACUCUUUCCAACAGGAAACGACGGGUAGUCUCUCCCCGUACGUGUACUCGAAGUUCGCCAAUCAUUCUCUGGUAUCAAGGACGAAUGUCCUAACAAAUGUUGUCGGUGGGGUGGCCAAAUUGCCGUGUGCUAUGUUAAUCGAUGUCUGGGGCCGUCCGAAGGGCUUUGGGAUCAUGACCGGUUUAUGCACCCUAGGGCUUUUCCUGAUGGCUAUUUGUGCGAACGUGGAAACCUAUGUCACCGCUCAGGUUAUAUACUGGGUUGGAUACAACGGAAUGGACUACGUCCUUCAUAUCUUUCUCUCCGAUACAACCGAUUUGGUCAACCGAUCGUUCGUUUAUGGCAUGGCAUCAACUCCUUAUGUUGUCACUACAUUUGCCGGUCCUGCAGCCGCGCAAUCGCUCUAUGAAAAGGGAGGUUUGUGGUGGGGUUUUGGGAUCUUCGUCGUCCUCACUCCACUUGUAACGGCGCCAUUCAUGUGGUUACUUUGGACCUCACUCCGCAAGGCAUACACAGCCGGGUUAAUCCGGAAGGCUCACAGUCAAAGAACAUGGACACGAUCCGUCAAACAUUAUUUCAUUGAGUUCGAUACCAUUGGACUCUCGUUAGUAACAGUGGCAUUCGUUCUGAUGCUUCUGCCAUUGACGCCAGCCUCACAUGCCAACAAUGGCAGUAUGUCCUCGGCUGGUAGGUCGAGAUCGCCGGAUACUAUAACGUCGUUCUUUCUCGGCGUAAUGGCCUUUGUGGCAUUUGUGCUCUGGGAGCGCUAUUGUGCCCCUGUAUGUUUCUUACCAUUCAACCGGCUCAAGGAUCGAACGUUGUUGGGAGCUUGCUUUCUUGCUGCGUCCCUUUUUGCCAGCUUCUACUGCUGGGAUCUUUACCUUGCUUCCUACCUCCAGGUUACCUUCAACACCAGCAUCCGGGAGACGGGCUACAUUUACAACAUCUAUACCAUUGGGACAUGCCUUUGGUCCAUACCACUAGGACUGAUCAUCCGCAAAGUCGAUCGCCUUAAAUGGAUUGCUCUUGCCGCUAUGCCAUUGAUCUUCCUUGGGACAGGACUGAUGAUCCAUUUCCGAUCACCUCAAAGUCACAUCGGAUACGUCGUACUUUGUGAGGUCUUCAAGGCCCUAGCCGGGGGCACUCUGGUAAUCUGCCAGCAGAUGGCAGCGAUGGCCACCGGCGGCCACGAGAGUGUUGCUGUCUCCUUCGCGUUGGUAGGAUUGUUCACCAAAUUGGGAGGAGGCAUCGGAUCUGCUAUUUCCGGUGCAAUCUGGACAGGCACUGUCCCUUUCUAUCUGGAGAAGUACCUUCCUCCGGAGAAAAAGUACAAGGCAGCGGAGCUCUACGGGUCGAUCGAGGAAGUCCUAUCGUACCCGAUCGGGACCCCGGAGCGGGAUGCGACCAUCCAGGCAUACGGAAUAGCUCAACGGCGGAUGUUGAUUGCUGGUCUUUCCAUCCUACCGCUUGCUGUGGCGUCUAUUCUGAUGUGGAGGGACAUCCGCUUGAAGAAACUCAGCCAGGUCAGGGGUACCGUCUUCUGA